AUGGCCCAAGCCGUGGCGCAGGCGCCGACGCGGACGCACCUCACGCUAAAAGGCUCGACCGCGCUUGUGCACGAGUUUUUUCACUACUCUGUGCAGAGCAUUUUGUACCAGCGCGGCAUCUACCCGUCGGAUGAUUUCCGUACGGUCAAGAAAUUCGGCUUGCAAAUGCUCGCGACGACCGACGAGGAUUUGGCCGAUUAUUUAGAGCGCGCAAUGUUUCAGCUGCAAACAUGGCUGGAGCAGGGCAAGGUGCGCCGUCUGGUUGUUGCGAUUGUAGAGAAAGAUACACAGGAGACGGUCGAACGCUGGCAGUUUGACGUCGAGGUGCUGAAUACCCCCGUCGCGGGCCCUGACGCUGUGCCGCAAAGCGCGCCGAAAUCGAUGCAGAAAACCGAUGCACAGGUCAAGGCUGAGAUUGCGGCGAUCAUCAAGCAGAUCACGGCCUCGUGUACGUUUUUGCCGAUGCUCGAGGAGCCGUGUGCGUUCCAAAUCUUGGCGUACACCGACGCGGAUGUCGCCGUGCCUGUGGAAUGGUCCGAGUCCAAUGCGCGGCUGAUUGCAGAGGGCAAGGCCGAGCAGGUCAAGCUGCGCAGCUUCAGUACACAUGUCCACAGAGUCGAUGCAAUGGUCGCGUACAAGCGCGAGGAGGACGAGAUGUAA